GAACCUGACUUGGUCACUGCCCAUCUCAUCGACAGGACCUCUCCACACCGGUUUCAUUGGCAGUCAUGCGCGAAGUUAUCUCCCUCCACGUUGGUCAGGCUGGUGUCCAGAUUGGUAAUGCUUGCUGGGAGCUCUACACGCUCGAGCAUGGUCUCAGUCCUGAUGGUCGCGUCUUGGACGGCGCCAACACCGACCACGGUUUCUCCACCUUUUUCUCGGAGACUGGUUCUGGGAAGCACGUCCCUCGUUCCCUAUACAUUGAUCUUGAGCCCGGUGCUAUCGAUGAGGUAAAAACUGGCAAAUACCGCUCUCUCUUUCACCCCGAGACCAUGAUCACUGGCAAGGAAGACGCGGCCAACAACUAUGCUCGUGGCCACUACACCGUUGGGAAGGAGCUCAUCGACCCCGUCAUGGACAAGGUUCGCCGUUUGGCCGACAACUGCUCAGGUCUCCAAGGCUUUUUCGUAUUCCACUCCUUCGGUGGUGGUACUGGUUCCGGUUUCGGCGCACUCCUCCUCGAGCGUCUCUCCACGGAUUACGGCAAGAAGUCUAAGCUUGAGUUCUGUGUAUACCCUGCUCCUCAACUCUCGAGCUCCAUCGUCGAACCGUACAACUCCGUCCUCACUACUCACACCACUCUGGAGCACUCGGAUUGCUCGUUCAUGGUUGAUAAUGAAGCUAUCUACGACAUCUGCAAGAAGAACCUCGGUGUUGCCCAGCCCAGCUUCACGAACUUGAACCGCCUGAUUGCGCAAGUCGUAUCAUCCAUCACCGCCUCGCUUCGCUUCGAUGGCUCUCUAAACGUUGACUUGAACGAGUUCCAGACCAACUUGGUACCCUUCCCUCGUAUCCACUUUCCUCUGGCCACGUAUGCUCCUCUCCUGUCUGCAGAAAAGGCUGGUCACGAAUCAAACUCGGUUGCUGAGAUGACCUUCUCUUGCUUCGAGGCCGGUUCCCAGAUGGUAAAAUGCGAUCCCAAGGAUGGCAAAUACAUGGCGUGCUGUCUCUUAUACCGUGGCGACGUCGUUCCAAAGGAUGUUCAGGCUGCUGUUUCUAGUGUGAAGACCAAGAGGACCAUCCAGUUCGUCGAUUGGUGCCCUACUGGCUUUAAGCUCGGUAUCUGCAAUGAGCCAUCCGCCCCCGUCCCUGGUGGGGAUCUUGCCAAGGCGAGCCGCAGCCUGUGCAUGCUCUCUAAUACCACUGCCAUCUCUGCUGCAUGGAGCCGUCUUGACUACAAGUUUGACCUCAUGUACUCGAAGCGUGCCUUUGUGCAUUGGUACGUUGGUGAGGGUAUGGAAGAGGGUGAAUUCUCGGAAGCCCGUGAAGAUCUUGCUGCCCUCGAGAAGGACUACGAGGAAGUUGGCACCGACUCCGUUGAUGCCGAAGAAGAGGGCGAGUACUAGUUAAUGAGAGAGACGCAUUCCCUUUCACCUUGGCCAAUGCCUUAACGUUAUUUCCCCUUUAUCUACCUCUAAAUUUCGCUUUACUCGUGAUGCAGCUUUGUCUUCGCUAAGAAUUUGCCAAGAAUAUGACCAGUGGCGCUAGAACCAUCAAACCCUAAGCUAGGGUGUGGUCGCUCCUUAAUCGAAAGACAGGCGCGAUACUAAGUAGUCUAGGCACCCCGCGAUCAGCGCUCAGCGGCUGCUCUUCAUCUGGACUGUUACUUCGAUGCCAGCAGGAGUUCUCUUCAUGGAGACACUGGCAAGAUCGCGAACGAGGAAGUCGGGGUUCGCGGCUUCAACUUGUUCCUUCGGGUGCGUGGUGAGCAGACCAAUGACUUUACAGCCCGCUGCGCGACCGCUGCGUACCCCUGCAGGCGCAUCUUCGACAACCAGACAUCUUUCAGGUUCAUAUCCACAGCUCUUCGCCCCCAGCAAGUAAGGAUCAGGGAAUGGUUUGCCCUUCUCGACGUCCUCUGCUGUCACAAAAACUUUGGGUUUUGGGAUGCCUGUUAAUGCCAAUGCUCUCGACGCGUAAUAGCGUGUGGCAGAAGUACAGACAGCCCAACGAGUCUGCGUAUCCUCCGGACCGGCGGUGAGUUCAUCUAUGAUGUCCUUUACGCCUGGCAGCAACGUGAUGCCCUUUCUGCCAUUAACGGUAGAGGAAUCCACGAUAGCUUUCUCAAAGAGCACGGCUUGUUUCUCAAGUUCUACUUCAUCUGUGAUUCCACAAUAUUUACGCAAAUUAUCGACGGUGCGGACCCCAUGUGAACUGCUCAAUAUUGUCUUGAUGUCAAGCCCUGGAUAUAACUUAGCAAAGGUCUCCCAUGCCCCAACGACGCCCUCUGUCGAGUUGACCAAAGUCCCGUCCAUGUCAAAGAGGAUUGCAUCGACCGUGAACUUGACGGGGUCUGACAUGGCAGAUAA